AUGACUUACCUUACCGACUCACCACCUCUUCCUCCUCUUGCAGCUCUCUUUCCUCACAUCCGAUCUGACGCUGGAAGCCUCCCACGCUCUGCAGACCCAUUUACUGUUACGACCGGUACUGGAUUCCUCCCUUGCCGAUCACCCUUGCUUCGCCUGCCAGCACAAUUCGAUGCCCUGUCAGACAUUCUCGAUGACAUGCCAAUCGUCAAAGCGGACAAGUCACCAGGCCUGCUGGCCACGUUCAAGCUCGGCCCUCUUAUCGACUCGGGUGCCUUACCAGACUUGACUUCUUGCGUGGACGACUUGCGGACCAGCACUGGUGAAGUCGACCUCGAAGCCAUAACUGCCGUGUUCAGGGACUAUAGCUUUCUGGCCAGCGCGUAUCUGUUGGAGCCCUGUUGGGAGACAUGGUCGAAAGACCACGAGGCUGGGUAUGGGUUGGGCAGAGCUGUCCUGCCAGCAUGCAUAGCCUCGCCGCUCGUGAAAGCCGCAGACAUUCUUGAUAUCCCGCCGUUCAUGUCCUACGCUGCGUCAUAUGCACUAUAUAACUACUCCCUUGCCAAUCCCAACCUCGGCGCCGGUGUAUAUGACAAUCUCCGCCUCAUCCGUGCAUUUGAACGCGGCCUCGACCCGUCAAGCUCAGAAGCGGGCUUUAUCCUGACACACAUCCACAUGGUGCAGGAGACAGGACCUUUGAUUUCUGGCGCGAUUGAUUUGCUUUCGACCAUAGAAAACUCCCCCAAUGAAGUACCUCUGGCGAUCUCUGCGUUCCAAACCAUGCUCUCGGCCAUGAGCCGCAUCGAAUCUCACAUGGAACAAAUGUGGACUCAUUCCCUGCCCAAGGACUAUCUCUCGUACCGCACAUUCAUCUUUGGAAUCACGUCGCAGUCCAUGUUUCCCAACGGGGUGAUCUACCAAGGAACCCGCUACGGAGACUCCAAAGCUCUGUAUUUCCGCGGCGAAUCCGGCGCCAACGACAGCAUCAUCCCACUCCUAGAUCAUCUGCUGGAGAUUCCAAUGCCCAGCAAUCCGCUUACAGAGAUCCUCAGGGAUUUCAGGAGUUACCGACCCAAGACACACCGAGAAUUUCUGGCGUGGGUCAUGAGUAAAAGCGCCGAGGUGGGCGUGAGGCAAUACUGUACCCAUCAUGGUUCAUCGCAGGACAACAUGGGCACCGACACCCUGCUAUUGCCGACCCUCUACCUCAGAUUGCUAGAGCACGUGCGCAGCUUCCGCUGGCGCCACUGGCUGUUUGCGAGGGAGUACAUCAUCAAGCGCUCCUCGCACCCGACCGCCACGGGAGGCUCUCCCAUUGUCACGUGGUUGCCAAAUCAGCUGUUUGCCGUCAUGGACAUGAUGGAGGAGGUUUACGCUAAAAGCGGACUGAAGAAUGUGGUCGAUCAGGGGCUGGAAGAUACGACAGAGUCAAAGAUGGUCAGGGAGAUGAUGGAGAAUGUGUCGACCCAGAGGGACAAGCUGGACAAGGAGGUCAAGAAGUAUUGUGCGGAAAGGGGCGCUUGA